CGGAAAGCAGCCUUACGACGGGUUGCUUAUCUUUUGGCACGAUACUUGCUUGAGGGUGAUUAACCCAAGCAUUACAUGUCAGGAGGACCCAGGUCAGAGGAGGUAGUCGGCCCUUCAAUGGGGAAGGGACCAGUCCCAUAUCUUGGGGAUGGCUACAACCAUUUGGUGGGAACAGAUUUCGUCUUACAGGCUUUUCGGAAGUCUCUCUAUGGAAACCGUUUUCUGGAGGUUUCAUAUGAUUACAUCUACGGCAACGGAUGGAUCGAGAUCUUGAUCGGUGCCACUGGCAGCAUUUCCCUUGCUGAGGAGUUGUACCCUUGGAGUGUUGCGGACGAGGAGAUGGCUAGAUAUAUGGCAUAUUUCAGCAAGAUCGAUCCUACGACAUCCUUUGACAUUAGCUAUGUGGUCCCAGAGUCGAUGGCCAUUCAGGUUCUCAAUGACCAGGAGGACCAGCGUGUACCAGAUACGGAAGUCUGGUUUCUGGUCUUUUCGUCCUCUCCGUGUCAUCUAUUUUAUGAUGUAUGCCCUGUGAUGCAUGGAACGCUUAUGUAUGAGAUAUCUGGCGGAAAUGGAGACGAGAGGAGAAAUGACAUCAAGGAAUUGGCCAAGGCGAUUCAAGAAUCAUCCGCACAAAGGGAUCAACUUCCAAAAGUGGAUGUGCCUUUGUUCGAUGGCAACCACGCCUCUGGCUGGGCAGAAAACUUCGAGCAAAUUGCAAGUUGUCGAGAAUGGACUGAGUCAGAGAUGUUGCAGAAAGUGAAACGAUAUUGUAAGCGAGCAGCCCCGACGACAUUGCCACAAGUGCGAAGAACUCGAAAGGCCUUAAGUAAGGAGACAGCUGCAAGAGGUACAUCAAGGCAACCAGUAGAAGAAGUCCUUGUUCCUGAUGAUGAAGAAAACAAUUCAGAUAAGGAGGAUGAGAGACUGCGUGCCGAAGAUGAGCGGCAAGUAAAACAGCGGGCUUCGGAGCAAGAUGUUGAGAAAAGAAAGGAGGCAGUCGAGGAAGAGGAGCCUCGACGUAAGAAGAAUAUUUACAUAAUUCCUGUUGAGAAGGGAUUUGACAUUGAGCAGAUCGUUGAUCGUAUGUUGAAAAGGCUGCGUGACUUGGUCACGCUAAAGGAAUUUUUGGCGGCAUCUCCAAAGAUUUGCAACGAGCUGAAACAGAGACUAACGCGAAGGAAGGUAAUGAUCAUUAAAUUUGGAGACAUCAUUCCUCUAGAGGCUAAUUGGGCACCUGCGGGAACCAAAAUGAACUGGCGAUGUGUUGUCACUGGUCUCCUACAAACGCAUGUUGGACAAGGUGAAUUUACUGCCGUGAUGCAUGACGGUGCUGAAAUGAAUAUCAUACGAGAAAAGAAAGUCAUGGAGGCAGGAAUCCGGAUUAAUCGAGUUGAUACAAGAUUCCUUAUAGGCGCAAGUGGAUCAACUGUCUUCUGUGGCAUGGCUAACGACGUCAUGGUCUCAGUAGGAAGGGACCCUCGUGUAAAAGACGAGACGGAGGAGUUACCAGGCAGUCCCAAGUUUGUCUGGGAACAUAUUCGCAAUGUGGUAAAGAUGUCUGGCGGAAACGGCAACGAGAGGAGAAAUGACAUCAAGGAAUUGUCCAGGGUGAUUCAAGAAUCAUUCCCACAAAGGGUUCAAUUUCCAAAAGUGGAUGUGCCUUUGUUUGAUGGCAACAACGCCUCUGGUUGGGCUGAAAAAUUCGAGCAACUGGCAAGUUGUCGAGAAUGGACUGACGCAGAGAUGUUGCAGAAAGUAAAACGAUAUUGUAAGGUCAGAUAUAAGGAGCAGUUGAUGGCCCUGGUGAGCGAAUCAAAAGAUUGGGCUAAGUUCAAAGAAAAAUUGUUGAACAAAUAUCAGCUCGAGGAUCAGCUAUUAGAUCUGGCUGAUCUCCGAAAAGUUCUCCGACGAAUGUUCGGGUCAACUAGACAAUUCUUGACGAAGUUUGAACGAAUCGCUCGACUGAUUCCUGAUUUGUCAGAUAAAGACAAAUGCAUCAUCUUUCUGGAUAACUUCUCAGAAGUCGAGCAAAGGGAAUUCAUGAAAGAUAUGCAAGGGCAAUAUGACUGGCAAAAAAUAAAAGUUAAUAUUUUGGCAGGAAACUUUGACCAAAUGCUUUACAGAUUACUAAAGCAGCGCAAGGAAUAUCGUGAGGAAGAAGAUGUCAAUAAAGCUAAGGAUCGUGAAGUUUUCAAGACCUUAUCAGAUAUGAGAGAAAUAAUGGCAGAUAUGCACGUUGAACGUCUGAAGAUGGAAAUCAUGAUGGUCAAGGCAAAGGGAAGUAAAAGAAAGGGGAAAGAGGUUGUUGUGGAAAGCAGCAGCGACAGCGAGAGUGAGGAAGAGGAACCACCCAAGAAACUGACAAAAGCCGAAAGGAAGGCUUUGAAUCAGAUUCAAGGGGGACAAGGGACUUCCAAGAAGCAAGGGAAGAAUGGUGGAAAUGGUGGAAACGACAGAAAUGCCCAAGCGCAGCCUGAUCAAUCCCAACCCGGCCCAAGUCACCAAAAGGUUGGAGGGGGCCGUGGGCGGGGGCGUGGAAAUUUUGGUGGACGAGGUAACUGGGCCAAAGACCUUACAUUCGAGGAAGAGGAGCCUCGACGUAAGAAGAAUAUUUAUACGAUUCCUGUUGAGAAGGGAAUUGACAUUGAGCAGAUCGUUGAUCGUAUCUUGGGAACUCAGCGUGACUUGGUCACGCUAAAGGAAUUUCUGGCGGCAUCUCCAAAAAUCCGCGAUGAGAUCAAACAGAGACUAACGCGAAGGAAGAUAAUGAUCGUUAAAUUGGGAGACAUCAUUCCUCCAGAGGCUAAUUGGGCACCUGCGGGAACCAAAAUGAACUGGCGAUGUGUUGUUACUGGUCUCCUAAAGGUGCAUGCUGGACAAGGUGAGUUUACUGCCCUGAUGGAUGACGGUGCUGAAACGAAUAUCGUACGAGAAAAGGAAGUCAUGGAGGCAGGAAUCCGGAUUAAUCGAGCUGAUACAGGAUUCCUUAUAGGCGCAAGUGGAUCAACUGUCUUUUUUGGCAUGCCUAGCGACGUCAUGGUCUAAGUAGGAAGGGUGAAAGCUCGUUCCUACUUCUAUGUCCUGCUCAGAGUUGAGCAUGAGGUCUUGCUAGGAAGACCAUUUCAAUGCAGAACCGAGAGCAUAAUUAUUAAUAAGCAUGAUGGCUCCAUGUUUUUCGCUUUGUGUGACCCUGUGUGUGGAUAUUAUGAAGUGAUAAAAUGCGAAAACACAG